CUGCUUACACAAAAAAAAUGAUUGUGUCGUAAAAGAACAUUCCCCCAUAAUGUCGAGAAUCGUGCAAGUUUCCGAAGCUGAGCAGCGUGAGAAUUUCGUCAAAACCCAUCCAGUGGUGACCUGGACAUUUGGAGCAGACGUUGAGUCGAAUCUAUCGUCUGAUCGCCGAAAUCUUACCUCCUCGACCUACGUACGGUUAUCUACCUCCAGAAGUCAAGAAUCAGAAGAUAGCGGCGUUAAAUCAGCCUCUAACUCCCAUAACGAGGAUGAGGCGCCGGUGUCCCCUACCUCCUCAGCCUCAGAAGACACCAAGAGGAGGCGCUCAAUACUACGAAAGUUAUCCACCUCCUCCGGCUUGUCCCUCCGGUCCCACCCCUCAUCCCCGCUGUUUGACUUCCCCACCUUUGAAGAGCUGUUUGAAGGGAAAGGGACGUUCAAGUUGACCAGGCAUCACAGUAAACCAUAUUUUUCCCGCCAACAGUCAUAUCCGGGUCCAGCGGAAGCAGUAUUAGACGAGAAUGCUGAUGACACAGGGAUUUCCCUCACAGCUACGGAAGAGAAACCAAAAUUGUUGAAAAGGGUCGACAGUACCAUGUGUCAGAGUUUCAGCUCGUUGGUCCACGGUAGCUGGAAGGGGUCCAAGGGAUUCCGAGGGUAUCGUAAGCGGCUAGGAAAUGCACUACACCACCGCUACUGCAUGUGUUGUAGAUUUGAAAGCACCCUCUUCAUAGGCCUCUACUGCAUCGUGGGACUCUUUCUUUCCUCCUCGGGUAUCGUGUGCUACAUGACCUGUCCGGACGAGAUUCUAGUCUCCUGCUACCUGACAGUGGAUGGGAUUUUGUCGGUAUUUGUAUUUCCUAUCCUUGUAAUGGGAUGGACUAAGCGAGUAGGCGGCUGUGUGGGGGAUACAGAAGACGUGGGGACCGGCACAUUCUGGAUUUCUGUAUUUAUCCUCCGAAUUCUCUUAACAGCAUCAGGAACUUUCGUCUGCAUUUAUAGAUACUAUAUGGAGAAACCUGUAUGGACAUCAACAAUGUGUCAGUUCGAAUUUUAUGCACUUCUUGGAGGAAUUGUGUUCGAAUGGAUUUUCUGUGUAACUGUGAUAUUUCUUCCCAUGUGUUUUUACUGUCUUUUCUAUUGUUUUGCGCCAUCAUUCGGAGUCAAAUCGGGCUCAUACACUAUAAAUGUUAAGGAACAAAAAUAACAGACAAAAAUUUAUUGAGUAUUACACAGAAACAAUUCCAUAAAGAAGACUGUAUGAAGCAAGGAUAAUCUAUACAUGUAAAUAAUUUCUUUUGUCUCAACAAUGCAAUAAAUGUUCAGAUUGCUGUCUGUAUUCAAAUACAAGUAUAAUAUAUUAUAU